UGUAGGUAUCUCUAUUGGCUAAUUUCUGGAUAUUCAACUGGUGAAUUAUAUAGAGUAGAUUUACAUGAUAUAUCUCUUAAGCCUGCAUUUGAAAAUGACAUUCAGUUAAUCAUAAAGGAUUAUAAUUUAGAGACAUUUACAAUUGAUUAUAUGAAUUUUAGAAUUUUAAUUCCAAAUGCUACAUUAAAUACAAUUAUAGCUACUUCUCUUGAUGGUACUGAUAGCAUUGAUAUUCGAUAUAAUUCACACAGUCCACAUUUUUCCAAUGUAAAAAGUUUAACUUAUCAUAACAAUUUGUUUUAUUGGACAACUGGCACAAGCAUAUAUGGAGAAGAAUAUCAUUCUAAAGUAGAUAAAUAUUAUCGCAAUAAAUUUCUUAUUAAAGCUAAUUAUAUUUCAAAUGUAAAAGUGCUUCAUAUUGACUCUCAACCAUAUCCAGUUCCCUUGAAUGAAGUAGAAAAUGUUCAAGCACUUUUUCAAGAUGAAACAGCCAAAAUAUUUUGGUCAAAACCAAAACUGUUAAAUGAUGUUGGAAAGGGUGCCUGGCAGAAAUGGUUCUAUGAAAUUCAUCUUUUUGAUCAUGUCAAAAAUCUCACAAUAUUUGGAAAUAGGACUGCAAAUAAUAUUUACAAAAUUUUUACUUUGAGACCAAACACAACCUAUUCAAUAAAAAUAAGAGCAUGCAGUCUUGGUGGAAAAGGAGAAUGGUCAUCUGAAUUUGUAGGAAAGACAUUAAUGCAAAGUACAAAGACAAUUACUUUCUGAAAUUAAAUUUUGAGAUUAAUAAGAAAAUUGACCAUUACUUAUGAUUCCUUAUAUAUACAGUAUGUGUAUACAAGAACAGAUUCUGUACAUACACAAAGUAGUCAGUUCAUGAAAUCUGGCUUAACAUUUUAAAAAAUUUUAAAUUUUAUUUUCAAAUCCUUCAAACUUUAAAAUAAAGAAUGCUAAUUUAAAACCUAAACUUUUAAUUGAGAAACCCUAGUUGAAAAAUUUAACUUAGAAUAUUUUUCUCCAAUCAAACAAUAUUUUAAAUGGAUUUUAUUGAAAAAAGAAAACAUUUCAAAUUCACUU